AUUAGACUAGACUUAACCGAACCAGUCGUCAUUCGCGUGGUAAGCACAGCUAGCCCGCCUUAGCCUAGCUAGAUUUUAAGGAACCAAGAGGACUCACUUCACUUUUGGGGUGCUUCCCUCCUCCUGCGUGAGAAAUCGGUUCGGAUAGGCCUAUCUGUAUCAGGAAAUAGAAGAAGUAGUAUCUGUAUUGUCGUUUAUAUGUGCCUAUAUAAUAAUAACUCAGUCACCUAGCCUAAUUUACAUCCUAGUUUAUUUACGAAAUCUGAAGCACAACCACCAACAUGCCACCACCAAAGAUUCGAAAGCUUGCCAUCAUGGGAUUCCGUUCUGUUGGAAAAUCAUCUCUAACCAUCCAGUUUGUGGAGCAUCAGUUUGUAGAUGCCUAUGAUCCAACAAUUGAAAAUACAUUUGAGAAGAUGAUCAAAGUAGGUAAUCAAGAAUUCAACAUAAAAAUUGUUGACACAGCAGGCCAAGAUGAAUACUCUAUUUUCCCACAAUCACUCUCUGUCGGUAUUAAUGGUUUUGUGUUAGUUUAUUCUGUAACGUCACAGAAAAGUUUUGAAAUCGUACAGAUUAUCCAUGAAAAACUGUUAGAUACUAUAGGAAAAGUCACUGUUCCCAUUGUCUUAGUUGGCAACAAAAUUGAUUUAGUUAAUGAUAGGAUAAUCUCAACACAAAUGGGCCGGGAUUUGGCAAAUUCUUGGAAUGCAGCUUUUAUAGAAUCAUCAGCGAAAAAGAAUGAGAUGGUAGAAAGAAUUUUCAAAGCAGUUUUGGAAUUGAUUGAAAAGAAUGAUGGAACUUCACCAAAGACAGACAAGGAGUGUAUCCUGUUGUAAGGUGUGUCCUCCACAUCUUCCUGCAAUACCAGAUAUGGGACCAUUCUCUUUCAUCAAUCAGUAAAGAAGAAACAAGUCUGAUGGUAGAUGUCAUUUUAAGAAAAUCUUGUGUUGUAGUUCAUGAUCUCCUUUUAUCUUUUCUUUCUGUGUUCAAACACGUUUCAUUGAUGUAAUUUUUUUUUAGAGAUGUACACUACUCGUUAUGGAAAGGAAUCAAAUCAUGGAUAUGGAAUCUGUAACACACACAAAAAAAGAGUGUUACUGUAUUGUUAACAAUUACUGCAGCAAUUUGGAAUGAAAAUAAUAAUAUGUAUUGUUAGUUUUAAGCCCUCUUCACAGGGGUCCUAAGUUUGAAGAAGUGACAUCUGUGAGAUCUGUUUAAAUGACCUAUCUUAACACAUGUAAUUAUAUUUGACUUCACAUGGUCAUACCCACUGGCACUGACUUUUGUGAGACAAUUGAUAAUAACGUAGUAAAAAAUAUAACAGGUCUCCCUCUAAUUACCACCAUUUGGGGGACUGGGGCUUCCAUGGUCUUUGGUCUUAGAUACUGUAAGUGGUCUUUAUUUGGAGGGGUCUUUAAUUAGAGGGAGACCUGUAUAUGAAUUUGCAGGAGAUGACUUGGGUCCCCAGUGUUCAUUUCUUACUUUUUUGUUCAACCAAACCCAUGGACCUGGUCAGUUUGACCAAAAGAGAUUGAGUGCAAACAGACUGCAUCAAUAUUCUUGUCAAAUUACCCAAUUUGACAAGCUGGCAGUACAUUGAAUCGAGCAAUGCAAUCCAGGAAGAAUAACCCUGUUUUUCUUGAGCGUAGAAGUCCAGUGGGAGCGUGUGUAAAUACCAUGUACAUUGCUGUAGUACUCACGCGCAAUGUAUCUGUGAUUACACUGACCACACAUGCAUAGUAUCUUACUACAGUAUAACCUACUACAAAUUUUUAAUUCAAGAACGAACAAGGAUACAAUUUGACCAAGGUAGAGUUACCCUCAUCUUGGUAAAGAAUUAUUAUAUGAAUACAACUUUCAAUCAUAUGUUGCAAAAGCCUCUGGGUGCUACAUGUGUGUAUAUGAAAACUCUUUGAAUUUUAAUUAAAUUUUUCAAAAAAGGUAUUAUAGCGUGUCACAGGUAAUUUGUUAUUUGAUUUGAAGUGAAGGUACUGUAGAGCCUCAUGGUUAGGAUGCUUGCCUUCCUUGAUUAACUUAAUCACUUGUUUAAGUGGCAUUCCUGCCACAAGACAAGCAUAUGAGUUACAAAAUGGCUAAGUUGUAAACUUUUCACUUCUUCCAUUACCUUUUAGUUGCUUUUAAAAGAUGCUGUACAGUAAGUAUUUUCAGUGAACUACUUACUGUACUUAAGCAUAUGAAAGCACUGUAUUUCAUUGAAAUUUGAUCAAAGCAUUAAAUAUCUUAGUCUUGAAUGAGGGUGAUUCAUGUUGCAGAGCUGACCUUCUUGGGAUUCUUGAUGCGCUAUAACCAAGUGUUUAUAUUUGAGGCUUGUGAAGAUGGAGAGCUGACUAUUGGGGACUCUUGACGCUCUAUAACCAUGUCUCUAUGUGAGCACCGGUGGUGGAAAGUGGACCCUAAAUGAUCUGUAAAAAAAUCUAUUUAUGAAGCUUAGGUGAGAUAUUUAUGAUACAGUACCUUGCUCAGCGAACUUAUUUUAUAAGGAUCGUCAGAGAGUGAGAAAUAAAUAAAAAUAAAAUUUUGCAAACUUCUGAUCCUUGAACAUUUUUGGUGCUUGUGCAAAAUCAGAAAUUGCAACGAACGGCGGGUUUUGCCACAGCUGGUCACAUUUAGCAAAAUGGUUUUGCCAAAACCAUAUCUAGACGAAGCACAAAAUAAAAAUAAAAUUUUAUUGAUGAAUAAAACGAUUGCAAGUAUGCAAGGUAAUAAAAUCUUUCUUAUUUUGAGCAUUUCAAAGUGGCAAUGGACAUAAUAAAAAUAAAUAUAAAAUUAUAUUUUUUAGCAGUGGGUAUAGGCCUGUUUAUACUUCAACGAUAACGAUAGCGAUAAAAAAGCUAAAAAGCGAUUGUUCAUAUGG